AUGAACGACGGCGGAUACAGCGGCGCACCAUCAUCACUGGAUGCCCUCUUCAAAGGCAAAGCCAAGAAGAAGGUGAAGCCCGUGAACUUCAAUGCGCCCCCCUUCAAAGCGGCAAGCAUGGCGAAGGGGCCUGCGAUGACUCUCAGGCCUCCUGGUGGUAGCGCAUUUACUGCCUCCACCUCCAGCACUGAAGGGUGGGCCCGUGAGUUGAAGAAGGACCAGGACCUCUUAAAAAGCUGUGGCUUACGGGUCAAAGAGGUUGAGGGCGAUGGUGCCUGCUUGUUUCGCGCUUUCGCAGACCAAUUGGCGGCCGACGAACCGGAGGCACACGCCAGAUUCAGAGAAGAGUGCGUUGAUUUCAUGGAGCAAAACCGCGCGGAUUUCGAACCCUUCAUUGACGACGAGUUCGAGUCCUACUGCAGCCGGAUGAGGCAGAGAUGCACCUGGGGCGGCCAUGUAGAGGUGCAAGCCCUAGCCCGGCGGAAUGGAGUCAACGCAGUCAUCUACCAGCCGUCACAGGCGUCGGGUAGACCGGAUCAGAUCCUGAGAUCUGCAGUAGAAAUUCAGGCCAGCGACGAACAUGCUGGCUGCGUACAGCUAUCGUUCCACCCGACACACCAUGCAGGGCAGCACUACAACUCAGUGAGGUGCUGCACUGAUGAGGGAUCAGGGCCAGCUGAACUAGUCAGCUUUGGAGAGAUCAAGAGAAGAAUAGAAGACAAGUUGAGGCCUAAGGAUGGCUAUGCAGAGGAGAGUGAGGAACAACCAGACCGCUGA